AUGGACGUCGAUAACGAUGAGGAAAUAUUGCGGGCUCUUGCACAUGGUCAACCUAUUGAUUACUCAACAUGGCCGAGUUUACUUGAGAGGUUGAUGAUUAGAUUGGAAAAGAUUGCCAUCACAGAUUUCCAAAUUCCAAAACUUCCAACAUACGCCCGGCCUUCUUCUCCUUCAAUCUCCCCAAAGCAAGAUACCAGUAAUGAAGGCCCCUCUUCCGACUUUCCGCCUUCGUUAGAAUCUCUUCCCUCAAUCUGCUACAAGCAACUUCUUGACAUACAAAAUACCUUAAACAAGACAUUUCCAACUCAUCCGCCUCAUACAAUCCAACGUCUCUCCGAGCUCCUCCUAAAUCCUACUCAGCACCACCGUUCUCUCCCCUCUUAUCUUCACGCCCUCGAUCGCGUCAUCCACGUCACAUCACCCAUAACCGCAUUUCCCCUCCCACCAGCUAUCCCAGACCCAAGAGUUUCUUCCUCGGUUCUCAGCAACGGAACCCCCCCAUCAGUCGACCCUCUCAGCAUUAGCUGGAGCAAUCCUACAUCUGGAACGGCCUCUGUAAACGGAGGACUGGGUAGCGAUGAAGCAUUGGGGGGCGCAUUGUUGACACCUAUAAGUUGGUUAAAUAAGCGCGAAUCAAGCCUCACACACAAUGGCUCAAACGGUACGAGUUCUGGAGGCGCCUCGCCGCGUGGGGAGGUACGCACCGAGAGUACUGAAACAAUCGACGGACCAAAUGGACCCGGUGGUGUUGAGACGGUUUCUGUAUCCGUUAAUGGAAUUUCAUCAGUUGGUUCCCAUGUAAUAAUGUCAUUGCUUUCGUCAUCCGUAUCUAGUUUAGGAGAACAGGGGUUGAGAGCAGAAGGUGGGGUUACACAAGGAGAGUUAUUGCGCCAGGAGCAGAAAGCCGGGGUGGUGCCAGCAUCGCAGUUGAGGGUGAUGCAGAGAGAAUCUGAUAGAGAAGAUUGGAUGGGGAGAAGAGAUGAAAAUGGAAUGGGAGAAGAGGAUGAACUGCCACAUGCGAGAGGUCCAGAGGAAAUUGGGAUGGAGGAUAUGGGGCCCCAAGAACGGGGAAAGGUACCCGUGACUGGAGGUGGAAUUGAUGUUGAGGCUGCCGUGGGUAGAAGGCCGGAUUACACAGAGGAGAAGGAGGUGGAGGAAAAGACUCAAAAAGAGGAUGGUGAAGUGAUCGGAAAGUCGAAUGAAGAUGCAGAUGGAGAUGCGAUCAUGAACGUUGAUGUGAAAGAAGAAGGUGGAGAAUCAACUUCAUUGAAAAGAGCCGCGGAAGACGAUAUUGGAAGUGAAGCUGGGGAAAAGAGAGUCAAGGAGGAGAUGGAAAUUGAACCUAAUCCUGAUUCUGCGAUCAAACCAGACAAUGUCAAGGAAGAGGAAAAUGAGAAUGUAAUGCAAAAAAAGGAAAAUACCAUGAUGAAAACAGAUAUGGAGACUGAUACUAAAACGGAGGUUGUAGAAGCAAACGAAAAGAAGGAAUCUGUCAAGGGGGAAAUUCAGGGACGUGUUGAUGAGGCAGUAACCCAGCCUUGA